AUGUUACCUCUCGGUCUAUUGACAGCUGCCCAAGGAUAUCCUAUGCUUGUCGAACUUAAGAAUGGCGAAACUCUAAAUGGACAUCUCGUCACUUGCGAUACAUGGAUGAAUUUGAUGCUCAAGGAGGUGGUGCAGACGAGUCCAGACGGCGACAAAUUUUUCCGUAUACCUGAGGUCUAUGUAAAGGGAAAUAAUAUCAAGUACCUGCGUGUCCCAGACGAGAUUGUAGACCUAGUGAAAGAUCAACAAGCGCGCGAUCAAAAUAGCGGUGGAUAUCGUGGUCGAGGCGGCUCGUCGCGCGGUGAUCACAGAGGCAACGGCGAUAGAGGUAGAGGACGUGGAGGCUCAAGAGGACGUGGGCGAGGCAGAGGAGCCUAA